CCAACGUGUCAGGUUUCUCUCUCUCUCCCUCUCUAGAAGUGUGAGUGUGUGUUUUUUUUUGUUUUUUUUUUUGGGAAACAAAAGCGGAGAAACAAAAAACAAAAAGUGACAAGAAAAUGUCGGAAGCGAAAGACCCGGCGAUCAAGCUCUUCGGGAAGACGAUCCCAGUGCCGGAGAUCCCGGCCACCGGGUUGGCGGACUCUACCGGAACUCCAGCGGCGUCUUCGGGUCCGGUGGUUGACGAUAGUACCGAUCAGGACCAUGAUUGUUCGACCAACUCUUCGCCCGAGGUCAAUACGGACAGAGAUGUAGAGGAGCGAGAGGCUGAGAAGGACACAUUGGAAGAAAAACAAACUGAGAAUAAACAGAAAGAUGGAGGCCCACCUGUGCCUUCAGAAGAUUUCAUGAAUCCAGAUGCAACCUCAGGAAUAAGUGAGAACCCUAAAACACCCACUGCUGAGAAGGAUAGUGCCAGAUCAAAACCUUCAAACCCUGAUGAAGAACAGAGUGAGUCUAGUAAUUCACAUGAAAAACCUCUGAAGAAACCGGACAAGAUACUUCCAUGCCCCCGCUGUAAUAGCAUGGACACCAAGUUCUGUUACUACAACAAUUACAAUGUCAACCAACCUCGUCAUUUCUGCAAGAACUGCCAGAGAUACUGGACAGCAGGCGGGACAAUGAGGAAUGUGCCUGUGGGUGCUGGUCGUCGCAAGAACAAGAAUUCUGCUUCUCACUACCGUCACAUAACUGUCUCUGAGGCUCUCCACAAUGCUCGUACUGAUCUUCCAAAUGGAGUCCACCAUCCGUCAUUGAAAGCUAAUGGCACUGUUCUCACAUUUGGCUCGGACGCACCCCUUUGUGAAUCAAUGGCUUCUGUGUUGAACCUUGCUGAUAAAACAGUGCGGAGCUGCACUCGAAAUGGAUUUCAUAAUCCUGAAGAAGUAAGGAUUCCGGUUUCUUGUGGAGGUGAAGAACAUGGGGAUGAUCGAUCAAAUGGAACUUCAGUCGUAACUUCAAAUUCAAAGGAUGAUUCAGGCAUAACUGCAUCGCAAGAGCAAGUGAUGAGGAAUUGUCAAGGCUUCCCGCCUCAACUUCCAUGUUUUCCUGCGGCUCCUUGGCCUUAUCCAUGGAAUUCAGCUCAAUGGAGCCCCCCCAUUUCACCACCUGCUUUCUGCCCUCCAGGCUUUCCUAUGCCGUUCUACCCUGCCCCAGCUUAUUGGGGUUGUACUUUACCAGGCGCAUGGAGCAUCCCAUGGCUUCCUCAGCCAUCAUCUCCUAACAAUAUGGCCCCAAGCUCUGGUCCCAACUCUCCAACCUUGGGGAAACACUCAAGAGAUGAGAACAUUCUCAAAUCAAGCAACUUUGGGGUUGAAGAACCACCAAAGGAAAACAAUGCUGAGAAAUGCCUUUGGAUUCCAAAGACAUUGAGGAUUGAUGACCCAGGAGAGGCUGCAAGAAGCUCUAUAUGGGAAACACUGGGGAUUAAGAAUGACAAGGCUGACACGAUUAGUGGGGGAGGGCUAUUUAAGGCAUUCCAAUCAAAGACUGUUGAGAAGAAUAACAUAUCUGAAACCUCACCAGUCUUGCAAGCCAAUCCAGCAGCAUUGUCGAGGUCACUCAACUUCCACGAGAGUUCAUGAAUUGGAAACUUCUAAUUUUGUAAUCAGUUCAAUGGUGGUGCAAACAGAUUCGGAAUAUGGCGAUGUUCAACUGGUCCAUUCAAAUUGCCAUCAACCGUGUAUGCCAUGGGAUCAAUUCGAGUUUGCCAGCCUCAUUUCUCAGAAUUGGAGACCAGUCCAACCGAGAAGAGCAGAGGAGGAUUAUCCCGCCAUCUCCUCAUUAGGAGAAGAUAGCCACGUUUAGUUUAGCCAUAGGAGCUGAUUUCAUGAGUUAGUAUGUAGGUGCCUUCUGUUUUGUAAGAUGGUUUGCUGAGUUCAUGUACAUACUUCUAUAUGAAAUAGUGAGUGCUAGAUCAGUGUGUACCAAAAUCCCAGAUGUACUUAAAUAAAUUUGGGAAUUGAGUUAAAAUCCAACUUCUUCUUC